GCGGAGCGCGCGGGGAGCCGGGCCCGCGGACCUGUGGGCGCGCGGUCCUCCCCGGCCCGGCCCCAUCCGCGUCCGCGCCCCCGGCCCCGACCUCCGCGGCUCCUGGGCAGAGGAGCCAGGCCGGGAGGAUGUCGGCGGGCGGCCGCGACGAGGAGCGGCGGAAGCUGGCCGACAUCAUCCACCACUGGAACGCCAACCGGCUGGACCUGUUCGAGAUCAGCCAGCCCACCGAGGAUUUGGAGUUCCAUGGAGUGAUGAGGUUUUAUUUUCAAGAUAAAGCUGCUGGAAACUUUGCAACAAAGUGUAUUCGGGUCUCCAGUACUGCCACCACUCAAGAUGUAAUCGAAACACUGGCAGAGAAGUUCCGACCUGACAUGCGGAUGCUGUCCUCUCCCAAGUACUCCCUCUACGAAGUACACGUCAGCGGAGAAGAAAGAAGAUUGGAUAUAGAUGAGAAACCACUGGUUGUGCAGUUGAAUUGGAAUAAAGAUGAUCGAGAGGGGAGAUUUGUCCUUAAGAAUGAGAAUGAUGCCGUCCCUCCUAAGAAGGCUCAGAGUAAUGGACCUGAAAAGCAGGAAAAAGAAGGUGUUAUCCAGAACUUCAAGAGAACUCUCUCAAAGAAAGAAAAGAAGGAGAAAAAGAAGAGAGAAAAGGAAGCAAUGAGACAGGCAUCUGAUAAAGAUGAUAGACCUUUCCAAGGGCAUGACAUUGAGAAUUCUCGGCUGGCUGCUGAGGUUUACAAAGACAUGCCUGAGACCAGCUUUACCAGAACGAUUUCUAACCCCGAGGUGGUUAUGAAACGACGCAGGCAGCAGAAACUGGAGAAGAGAAUGCAGGAAUUUCGGAGCUCAGAUGGGCGACCUGAUUCAGGUGGGACACUGAGGAUUUAUGCAGAUAGUUUAAAACCAAAUAUCCCCUACAAGACCAUCUUGCUGUCUACUACGGACCCUGCGGACUUUGCAGUGGCCGAAGCUUUGGAGAAGUACGGUCUGGAAAAAGAAAACCCUAAGGAUUACUGUAUUGCCCGGGUUAUGCUUCCUCCUGGAGCCCAGCAUUCUGAUGAAAAAGGUGCUAAAGAAAUUAUACUUGAUGAUGAUGAGUGUCCUUUACAAAUCUUCAGGGAAUGGCCAGGUGACAAAGGGAUUUUAGUCUUUCAAUUGAAGAGGAGGCCACCAGACUACAUCCCAAAGAAAACGAAGAAGCAUGUGGACGGGAAGCCAGUGAAGGGCAAGGACAGAGCCGAGGGGUCCGGCUACGGCUCUGCACUUCCACCUGAAAAGCUGCCUUACCUGGUAGAGUUAAGCCCAGGGAGAAGGAAUCACUUUGCCUACUACAGCUCUCACACUUCCGAAGAUGGUUCUGACUCCAGAGAUAAGCCGAAGCUGUACCGCCUUCAGUUAAGUGUCACUGAGGUCGGGACAGAGAAGUUUGAUGACAAUUCCAUCCAGUUGUUUGGUUCAGGAAUACAGCCCCAUCACUGUGACCUCACGAACAUGGAUGGAGUUGUCACUGUCACCCCUAGAAGCAUGGACGCCGAGACCUACGUGGAAGGACUGCGCAUCUCAGAGACGACUGUGCUGCAAAGUGGGAUGAAAGUGCAGUUUGGGGCAUCGCAUGUGUUUAAGUUUGUGGACCCCAGCCAGGACCACGCUCUGGCCAGACGACCUGCGGAGGGAGGCCUGACCGUGAAGGGGCCCCGACAGAAACCUGGGAUUGUUCAGGAGACAACUUUUGAUUUAGGAGGAGAUGUCCAUAGUGGAACAGCAUUACCGACAAGCAAGAGCACCACGAGGCUGGACAGCGACAGGGGACCGUCUGCCUCCAGCCCUGCCGAGCGAGGGAUGGUGAAGCCCAUGGUCAGAGUGGAGCAUCAGGAGUACCGCAGGCAAGAGAGCAGAACUCAGGACGCUCCUGGGCCUGAGGUGACGCUGCCUGCAAGCGUCGAAUUCCGGGAAAGCUCUGAAGAUUCAUUUUUAUCUGCCAUUAUAAAUUAUACUAAUAGCUCUACAGUCCAUUUUAAGUUGUCACCUACAUAUGUAUUAUAUAUGGCAUGUCGGUAUGUAUUGUCCAGCCAGUACAGACCUGAUGUCAGUCCUACAGAACGUACUCACAAAGUGAUCGCGAUAGUCAACAAGAUGGUGAGCAUGAUGGAAGGGGUGAUUCAGGAAGUAGACCAGGUUGAUCAGAAACAGAAGAACAUCGCAGGGGCACUUGCUUUCUGGAUGGCAAAUGCAUCUGAGCUGCUCAACUUCAUUAAGCAGGAUCGAGACCUCAGCCGGAUCACCUUGGAUGCCCAGGAUGUUUUAGCACACUUGGUGCAAAUGGCGUUUAAGUACCUGGUUCACUGUCUGCAGUCAGAACUGAAUAAUUAUAUGCCAGCCUUCUUGGAUGACCCUGAAGAGAACAGUCUGCAAAGACCAAAAAUAGACGAUGUUUUGCACACGCUCACGGGCGCGAUGUGUCUGCUGCGGCGAUGCAGGGUCAAUGCGGCCCUGACCAUCCAGCUCUUCUCUCAGCUCUUCCACUUCAUCAACAUGUGGCUGUUCAACAGACUGGUCACCGACCCCGAGUCGGGGCUGUGCUCCCACUACUGGGGCGCCAUCAUCCGCCAGCAGCUGGGACAUGUGGAAGCAUGGGCGGAGAAGCAAGGCCUGGAGCUGGCUGCCGACUGUCAUCUCAGCAGGAUAGUGCAGGCGACCACUCUGCUUACAAUGGACAAGUAUGCACCUGAUGACAUUCCCAAUAUAAACAGCACCUGCUUUAAGUUAAAUUCAUUACAACUUCAAGCCUUAUUACAGAAUUAUCACUGUGCACCCGAUGAGCCCUUUAUACCGACGGACCUGAUAGAAAAUGUGGUGGCCGUUGCUGAAAACACGGCCGACGAGCUGGCCCGCAGCGAUGGGCGGGAAGUGCAGCUGGAAGAGGACCCUGACCUGCAGCUGCCCUUCCUCCUGCCCGAGGACGGCUACUCCUGCGACGUCGUCCGGAACAUCCCCAGCGGCUUACAGGAGUUCCUGGACCCUCUGUGCCAGAGAGGUUUCUGCAGGUUGGUUCCUCACGCACGCUCACCAGGUACCUGGACGAUAUAUUUUGAAGGUGCAGAUUAUGAAAGUCACCUUCUACAUGACAACACGGAUCUGGCUCAGCCGCUGAGGAAGGAACCUGAAGUAAUCACUGUGACCCUGAAAAAGCAAAAUGGAAUGGGCCUUAGCAUCGUCGCAGCAAAGGGUGCUGGUCAAGAUAAACUUGGAAUCUAUGUCAAGUCUGUUGUGAAAGGAGGUGCUGCGGAUGUGGACGGCCGUCUCGCUGCCGGUGACCAGCUCCUCAGUGUGGAUGGACGAAGUCUCGUAGGACUCUCUCAAGAAAGGGCCGCAGAGCUCAUGACAAGAACAAGUUCCGUGGUGACACUGGAGGUAGCGAAACAAGGAGCCAUCUAUCACGGUCUCGCCACCCUGCUCAGUCAGCCAUCCCCAGUGAUGCAAAGACUUUCAGAUCGCCGCGGCUCAGGUAAACCCCGACCAAAAAGUGAAGGUUUCGAGCUCUAUAACAAUUCAGCUCAGAAUGGGUCACCUGAGAGCCCUCAGCUGCCGUGGGCAGAAUAUAGUGAACCAAAGAAACUACCCGGUGAUGACAGACUAAUGAAGAACAGAGCCGAUCACCGCUCCAGCCCCAACGUAGCAAAUCAGCCUCCCAGUCCCGGAGGGAAAAGUGCACCGGCCCCGGGAGCAGCAGCCAGGAUAACAUCCGUCUCCACUGGGAACCUGUGCACGGAGGAGCAGCUGCCUCCGCCUCGACCCGAGGCCUACCCCAUCCCCACUCAGACGUACGCCAGAGAGUACUUCACCUUCCCCGCAUCCAAGGCCCAGGACCGGGCGGCUCCUCCUCAGAACCAGUGGCCAAACUAUGAGGAGAGGCCACACGUGCACCUGGACAGCAGCCAUCCCAGCCUCGCGGCUCAGCGAAUUACCCGUUCCCAAGAGGAACUUCGGGAAGAGAAAGCCUAUCAACUCGAGCGACAUCGAAUAGAGGCCAUUCUGGACCGCAAGUCCGACGGCGACAUGUGGGUCCAUCCGAGCUCCUCCGUGGGCUCCUGCACAUCAAGCCAGGAGCACCUGGACCACUCCUCCAAAUCAGGCACGCCCGCGUCCACGCUCACCAAGAGCGGCCCUGGGCGCUGGAAGACCCCAGCAGCCGUGCAGCCCGUGCCCGUGGCCGUGUCCCAGCCCAUCCGGACAGACCUGCCCCCGCCACCCCCACCGCCUCCUGUGCACUACGCCGGAGACUUGGAUGGGCUCCCCAUGGAUUUGCCUCUGCCCCCGCCCCCUGCCGGCCACAUGGCACUACCGCCUGCUCAGGUGGCUGCCGCAGAGCGGAAGAAGCGAGAAGAACACCAGCGGUGGUAUGAGAAGGAGAAGGCCCGGCUGGAGGAGGAGCGGGAGAGGAAGCGCCGGGAGCAGGAGCGGAAGCUGGGCCAGAUGCGGACGCAGGCCCUCACCCCUGCCCAGUUCUCUCCGGUGGCCGGCCCCCCGGGGAAGCCCGAGAAGCCUUCCACACUGCAGAGGCCCCCCGAAACCGUCAUUCGGGAACUGCAGCCCCAGCAGCAGCCCCGCACGAUCGAGCGCAGAGACCUGCAGUACGUCACGGUGAGCAAGGAGGAGCUGUCCUCGGGGGACAGCCUGUCCCCAGACCCCUGGAAGCGGGACGCCAAGGAGAAGCUGGAGAAGCAGCAGCAGAUGCACAUCGUGGACAUGCUGAGCAAGGAGAUCCAGGAGCUGCAGAGCAAGGCCGACCGCUCGGCGGACGACAACGACCGCCUGCGCAAACUCAUGCUCGAGUGGCAGUUCCAGAAGCGACUGCAGGAGUCCAAGCAGAAGGACGAGGACGACGAUGACGAGGACGACGACGACGUGGACACCAUGCUCAUCAUGCAGCGCCUGGAGGCUGAGCGCAGAGCGAGGCAGACUGCUGUGCCAGCAAUCUCUGUUCUAGAUUUGUUACAGGACGAAGAGCGAAGGCGGCAGCAGCAGUUAGAAGAGAUGCGGAAACGGGAAGCCGAGGAGCGCGCCAGGCAGGAGGAGGAGCGCGCCAGGCUGGAGGAGGAGCGCGCCAGGCGCGAUGCUGAAGAAAAGAGGCGACAGGAAGAAGGGUAUUACAGCCGCCUGGAAGCCGAAAGGCGCAGACAGCACGACGAGGCCGAGCGCAGGUUGCUGGAGCCUGAGGAGCCGGGUCUGAGCAGACCUCCGCUUCCACGGGGCUACGAGCCCCCAUCCCCGUGCCCUGCGGCUAACGCUCCUCCCCCCCCACCUCAGCGCACCGCCUCUUCCCUGCAGGCUCAGGCCCUCUCCCCUGACUCCCUGUACACCGCCAAGUUCGUUGCAUACAACGAAGAGGAGGAGGAGGACGGCAGCCCCGCAGGUCAGGAUAAGUACACCGGCUCGACAAGGUCUCCUCCUGCCGCCUUUAAGCCACGGCAGCCCCCCUGCCAGCCGCGCCCGGCCUCCGAUGGCAUCUUUCUCUCCAACUCAUUCCAGCCACCCUCGGCCAGUGCCAACAGUACUGCUCGCAAAGCAGGCCAGCCCCUGCCCCCUCCAAAAAAAGCGAGCAGCUUCCAUCCCAGCCACUCCAAAGGUCGAGGACCAAACUCUUACACGGGAUCUACUGGGAUUCUCAUUGGUGCCCAGGAUGUGUAUCGUGACCCGAGAGAGAAACUAUCCAAAAGCCAAGAUGCAGAUUUACCUGGAAGUUCGGGAGCCCCUGAAAACUUGACAUUCAGAGAGCGCCAGCGUCUUUUUUCACAAGGUCAAGAUGUGUCUAAUAAAGUAAAAGCCUCUCGUAAAUUAACAGAACUGGAAAAUGAACUGAACACAAAAUGAAAAAGCAAAGGACACCUGUGUUCACCCCAAGUCCCCCAGUGUGGCUUUGCGGGUGGGAGCCUGGACACGAAGAGGGGCUAUAUUUCUAAGUCACUGUAAUUGUUUCUAAAGUGGUUGGGAUUUAGAGACGGUCCAGUUCCAAGAAAUUCUAUUUUAUUUUACCAAGAGAUUAUCAUUUAUACAAUUUCAACACUGUCUAAUUCUUAACUAUCUGGCUCACGUGAAGAUAACUUUUUUGUUAGUUUGUUUUUAGAGCCUGAGUUGCAAAGGGCUGUGACAGAAUGGAGAGCAGUAGAAGCUAACGAGGGGUUUCCUCCCCAUGUAGCAGAAACAAGUCCUCUUUCUGUUCUUUCUCGAAACUUUCUUUUAGCUCCUCAGACAGGGCACAGCUUGGACUCCCCGACAACUGUUGGCGCUGAGACACGGCAGUCGGGUUUUCUCUUCCGGGAGAGAGGACUUGUGAAGCCAGUCCACUGCUGGCUGUGUCCCAGAGAUGCCAUGCGACUGGCCGUCCCUGACGGUCGUGGGCCAGCUUAGCCGAAGCUCCCUGAAAGCGGGCCAAGGCACACCACACACUUCGUUCCCACUCGUGCCUUACGGGUCCAAGCCCUUCCGAUCAAUUCUAAAUAGUUGUUUGAAAAAACUUUCCAACAAGAAAAUUUGGGGGCUUUACGCUUAGGAAAUUUUAGUUUUGUAAAUACCAGAUUAUUGUUACACUAAAUAAUUGGUGAUUUUGAAUAUGGCAGUUAACAUUAGAAAGUUAGCAAAACAUUUCAGAUAUUCAAAGGAAUCUAUAAAAGAGUAUCUUGAGCUGAACAGUGUUGGUGUGAAUAGGAACGAAAAUAUCUCGAGAAGCAUUUCAUACUAAUAGGUGACAUUUGGGCACAGCUGUUGCUCAGUAAUUUAAAUUUGAAAAGGAAAGAUUUCCAUUGAUGUGCUGUCAGGGAAGGGAAGGGAUUCGAUUACAUAUGGCAUCUGUAAUUUAAAUUUGUAAGAACAACUCACGGCAGUUCAAGCUGAUUUUUACACUAAUAGAAUUAUUUAAUUUUCAUUUGUUGAAUUAUUAGUUACCACUGUCAUUUCUUCAGCUAUGAAUAUGGCUGACGCUGGGGAGACGGACCUCACUCUGUUUUAUGUUGUGUGAUGAUAAAACAGUUAAUUACUUCGUGAUUGUGAGCACAUUUUCUGUCUGACAAAACCCUGAUGUGGGGUCUAGAUGAUUUUUCUGUACCAUGUUGUUUUCUUACAAAUCUGUAUUUUAGGAAAACACACACACUUUCGAAUAGAAGAGGGAGGGGCUGUCUAGCCUUGGAAAUCACUUUAAUAGGAGUCGUAUGAUAAAUGAUUCAAGUGCGAGUGUAAAUAUUUUUGUGUCUAUCAGGGUUCUUAUUUGGAAGUGUGCUUUUACCGUUUCCCUGCUUAAGUAAGAAAGUAAAACGGUUCUGUGUUGAUGAAGGAUUUGCUGGCUGCUCCGGAAGUGCUGGGCGGUGGGCUCCCCCCAGAGCUCAGAGAACACUGGUGGCCUUCCGGGGACUAAGUCCCCACUUUCUUUCUUUCUUUAAAGAAAAUGAGGCAGAACUAUUCUGUUAAUAUAUAGAAGAAAACAAGUACACAUCAGUGCGUACAAAUAAAUACGUGUAAAUAUCUGCAUACCUGGAUAUUUGUGUGCGUGCUGUCCAGCUCACAGACAAGUGGGUUUGGCCACCCUUGCACGGGAGGUCACGUGUGAAUAGGUGUGACAGUGUUUUUCAUAACUGCAUUCUAUGAAAAACAUCCAAACUGCUGUAGUUUUCCAUUUCUACUGUAUUUCACUUGCAACCUAUUUUUAAUAAACUUUGUAUGUAUUUAAGUGUA